UAUAUUAUGAUAAUAGUAUUUUAGAUAUUUAAAUAAAAUAAUAACCUUGGCUCUAGUAUACCAAGUGUCCACGAAGUAUGUUUUUCAAGCACAUAUCUCCCUCUCUUUUUGGCUCUGCAGAAAAAGAAUCAAACAAUGGAGGUGAACGACGCGAUUGCGCCGUUUGUUUUGAAGACUUACCAAAUGGUAAACGAUCCGUCGUCGGAUUAUCUCAUCCGGUGGGGGAAAGCCGACAACAGCUUCAUCGUCGUCGACUCCUCACGUUUCUCUCAAUGCCUCUUGCCUGCAUUCUUCAAGCACAGCAAUUUCUCCAGUUUCAUACGCCAAUUAAAUACUUAUGGAUUCAGAAAAGUGGAUCCUGAUAAAUGUGAAUUCGCGAAUGAGUGGUUUUUGAGAGGACAGGUACAUUUACUGAAGAACAUAGGAAGGAAAAAGCAGAGUAAUAUCAGAGGGAAUGUUAACGAUGAGGAAGAUGAAAUGGUGGUGGAGAUUGCGAGAUUGAAGGAGGAGCAGAAGGUAUUGGAGAAGGAGAUGAUAGGGAUGAGAAAGCGGCUUGAGGCGACGGAGCGACGGCCGAAGCAAAUCAUGGCGUUAUUGUGUCAAGUGGCUGAAGAUCCGCAGAUCUUGACGCGUAUGAUGCUCGAGACGAAACAAAAACGGUUGGUGGAGAAGAAAAGGCAACGGACGUCGCCGGCGUCGUCGAGUAGCGUUGCGAAUUCGGUUAAAUCUGAUGAAUGUGAGGUGUCCGAAUCGUUUGCUGAGGGAGCGUUGUUUUGGCGGUCGUCGACGGUGGCAGAUGCACCGAUGAUGAGGUUUCCGACGAACAAGGCCGGUGGUGGCGGUGGUAGCUUUGAUACUGACCAUGGAAGCGGGCCGGUAGGUUCAGAUAUGGGUGUGAUUUAG